AAAAAAAAUAGAAAUAUGAUCAAAAGUUACACUUGACAUGUAUCAUAAAGUUCUCCAUGUAAGCAGCCACGUAUCGUAUAACACUUGCAAUAUUUAGGCCCAACUUCCUGCUUAACUCACCUAUAAAUACCCUCUAUCUCUCAGCCCAUUUUCAUUUCAAAACCAAAUUUCCUUCUCAAUUUUUCAAAUAUUUGUACACAAUGUCAUCAAACUCCAAGAAGUUGAUUCCAGCUACAUCCCGCAAGGGAUGUAUGCGGGGCAAAGGUGGCCCCGAAAAUGCUAAUUGCACGUACAAAGGUGUACGUCAACGCACUUGGGGUAAAUGGGUAGCCGAGAUCCGCGAACCCAAUCGCGGAGCUCGGCUUUGGCUCGGCACCUUUGAUAAUUCUUAUGACGCUGCUGUUGUCUAUGACGCUGCGGCCCUUAAGCUCUAUGGUGCCGAAGCCAAACUCAAUUUACCCCAUCUUUACAACAAUCAGGCCCAGGCCCAGGCCCAAAUCCAGAACUCUAAGCCCAUUACCAUCAUGAGCCCAUCUCUAUCUCCCGUUUCAACUACUACUGCUCAAGCUUCUUCUCCGUCUGUAACUUCCGUUUAUAAUGUGGCUUCGCCGUCAACUUGGAGCGUAGGAAGUGAUGAUUCAUCCUUUUAUUUCAACAGCCACGAUUUCGGUAUCCAUAAUGAUAUUCCAUCCGCAUUUAAUUUAAUCGACAUUAAUAAAACAGCUGAUGAUUAUUCCGUUGAUAAUGCUACUAACAAUAAUCAAAGCAGUGAAGUACUUGGUGGAGAAAUGUUUAGAGAUCUAAACAUGAAUUUACCAGAAAUUGAUGAUUCAUCAAUUUGGGAAGAAGCUAAGGCAACAACUUCAUUUCAAGAAGCAGUGAAUGAUCCAGGAAUAGGUGGAUACAACUUGGAUGAUGACCUUAAUUUUCCUCCAUGGUGUGGUUAAAUUAUUAUUAUUAUUAUAUAUAUAUGGUAAAAAAUAUAUAUAUAAAGGGAAAAAAAAUGCAUGCAAUAUAUAUAUAUAUAUAUAUAUAUAUAUGUAUACUUGUAAAGGUAUUAGAGCAUGCAAGUGGAUAAGGCAUGUUGAAGUUUUUUAUUUUAUGUAUAUAGAGAAGAAGCUACUACUAAAAGUGUGUAGUCAUUAAUAUGACGUGUAAUAUAGUUAGUGUGUUGAGAAGCAGUAUAUGGAACUGUAAAAAUGUUCAACUUGUAUUUAAGUUUAAGAAAAAAUAAUAUCGAUAUAUGUAAAUAUUUUUUGUAUGAAUCUACUAGUUUAGUAAGAGUAGUUUUCUA